AGUUUGAUAGACUCCCAGAGAGGAGCUUGGGCUUUUUGUUCCUGCUGACAGAGGAAGGAAUGGAGUGAAUAUAUGUCCCUCUCCCCACAACUCUGAGGCAAAUGCCCAUGCCUAUAAUUUAGGGCAAAAGGGUGGAAAGUUUAUCUAGAGAACUCCUUCUCCCUAAACACAGACAAUUAUUGUUUGUAUGCACUGGGGCCCAGGGUAGGGGGCAGAACACUGGGGAGUAUUGCAGUGGGUGCUGCUGCCCCUCUCUUCCCACUUCUUUUUAAAAAAAUCAUUUUUGUUGUUGCGCGCUUCUGGGUUAAUGAACUUCUGCAGCAUUUCCGCUGCUGCUUCUGCUGAGACACCUGUGAGAUCCCCCAGUGUGCUGGCUGCAAUCAGCACAUCCUGGAUAAGUUCAUCCUGAAAGUCCUCGAUCGGCAUUGGCACGGAUCCUGCCUCAAGUGUGCAGAUUGCCAAAUGCAGUUAGCAGACCGCUGCUUCUCCAGAGCUGGAAGUGUCUAUUGCAAAGAAGACUUCUUCAAGCGUUUUGGCACAAAAUGCACAGCGUGCCAGCAGGGAAUACCACCCACCCAGGUGGUCAGGAAAGCCCAGGACUUCGUCUAUCACCUGCACUGCUUUGCCUGCAUUAUUUGCAACCGCCAACUGGCCACAGGUGAUGAGUUCUACCUCAUGGAAGAUGGGCGGCUGGUGUGCAAGGAGGACUACGAGACGGCCAAGCAGAACGAUGAUUCAGAAGCUGGAGCUAAGAGGCCCCGAACCACCAUCACAGCUAAACAGUUGGAAACACUAAAGAAUGCCUAUAAAAAUUCUCCCAAGCCAGCAAGGCAUGUACGGGAGCAGCUGUCCUCUGAGACUGGACUGGACAUGCGUGUGGUACAGGUGUGGUUUCAAAACAGAAGAGCCAAAGAGAAACGCCUGAAGAAAGAUGCUGGGCGGCACCGCUGGGGCCAGUUUUACAAGAGUGUAAAAAGGAACCGAGGAGGCAGCAAACACGAGAAAGAGAGCUCUGCAGAGGACUGUGGGGUUAGUGAUAGUGAACUGAGCUUCAGAGAAGACCAAAUCCUCUCAGAGCUUGGCCACAAUAACAGAAUUUACAGUAAUGCUGGCGAGGUGGCUGGUGGACAGCUAAUGAAUGGCACCUUCUCGAUGGAUGGGACAGGACAAUCCUAUCAGGACUUAAGGGAUGGAAGCCCUUAUGGAAUCCCACAGUCUCCAGCCUCUAUUUCAUCCCUUCCAUCACACACUCCAUUGAUAAAUGGUCUGGAUUACACAAUGGACAAUAAUUUAGGAAUAAUAGCACACGGAGGGCAGGGGGUAAGCCAGACUCUCAGGGCUAUGGCUGGGGGUCCAACCUCUGAUAUUUCUACCGGGAGCAGCGUUGGUUAUCCAGACUUUCCCACAAGCCCUGCUUCUUGGCUUGAUGAAAUGGAUCAUCCUCCUUUUUAAGCAUUAUUCUCCCUUCAAAUUUGCCAUAUUCCCACGUGUUCUUUUGGCCUGAAAGUAUAUUUAAAAGAGAGAGGGGGAGAGACAGCAAUCAAACUUCAAGGAUCACAGUGUGCCAUCGCAAGAAGUUUCCAUUAUUUUAGAAUGGGAAUUUACUACUUGUUUUUUUUGUUGCUGAAAGACAAUGCGGUAUUAUUAAUAUAUAUAUUUGCUUUCUUGUUUGAAAGAAUGGGACAAUGGGUGGAGCUGCUUCUGAACACAGCACAUUGAUGUGUACAGUAUUUGUAUGACUCUAGAGGUGCUGGCUGUAGCAAACACAUCCAUCGGCUCUAGCCCUGGAGCUCUGCUGUUGAGUGCAACACUGGCACAUGUUGAAAUGACUGAACAGAUCUUUGGCCUGUGGAAAUUCCAUGACAGCUCUUACCUGGCAUCACUGCUGUCCUUCAGUUGCUUAAGUCUAGGCCAACCGAGCAAUGGAGAUGCAGAACUUCCAAAUUCAGUUCUCAUAGACUGGCAACCGGAAGGGUGGAGAGUUAUUGGGAGUUCAUAGUCUUUCGCCUCUCUCUUUGUCUCUUUCUCUCCCCGUCCAUGUACUGGGAUGUCUCAUAAAUGAGGGGGAAACCUUUCCUUUC